UACAGAGGCGGGAGCGCAUUGCAGUCACGCAACCACCUUGUCUUCUUUUUAAACUCCUGAAAUUAUUGUCACGCGUCCACCCUGUCUUCUUUUUAAACUCCUGAUAUUCUUGUCACGCGACCACCCUGUCUUCUUUUUAAACUCCUGAUAUUCUUGUCACGCGACCACCCUGUCUUCUUUUUAAACUCCUGACAUUCUUAUCACGCGUCCACCCUGUCUUCUUUUUAAACUCCUGACAUUCUUGUCACGCGACCACCCUGUCUUCUUUUUAAACUCCUGACAUUCUUAUCACGCGUCCACCCUGUCUUCUUUUUAAACUCCUGACAUUCUUGUCACGCGACCAUUCUGUCUUCUUUUUAAACUCGUGGCAUUCUUGUCAUGCGACCACUCUGUCUUCUUUUUAAACUCCUGACAUUUUUUUCACGCGACCAUUCUGUCUUCGCUUUGAACUCCUGACAUUCAAAACGCCCCAAACUAAAACUAAAAUUCAUAUGUCGAUAUUAUGAUUGCUACAAUUUUUUAGUUUUAAAUUUUGUUUUUAUUAACUGAACACAUGCUACUCUCACACAAACAAAAAUUUCUUUAGCGUGCCAUUAUAAGCCCUGUUCGCAAGGUCACGUGCGGCAGUGACGGUCGGCGGACACUCCGGCACCGUCGCCAUCGGCGCGAUAGCAACCCCCCUGCCCCCGCUCCCGCCCGCUGGUGACGCCCGCGACACCCGGAGGUCAUCGGGCGCGGCGAUAUAACCCCGCGCGAGGGGCCCGCGCCUCAGCACUCCGCCGUCGCCAGCUCGUGUCGUCGCUGUCCGGUGCCAGCCCCCGCGAUGCGUCUUCUGGAGAAGGGAACGAAGGUGGGGGUGAUCGACCCCUCGGAGCUGCUGCGGCCGGAGCCCGCCUUCGCGGCCAAGCCCGUCGGCGACUUCCGCGACUUCUCCAUCGACGAGAACGAUCCCAUCAAGGAGCGCGUGCGCAAGCUGUACAUCAAGAUGCACACCGGCCAGACCGUCGACUUCGUCAAGAGCCGGCACGACAAGUGGCUCAAGUUCGACAAGUUCGAGGCGGGCGUGCUGGAGGUGCUGGAGAAGCUCAACGACCUGGUGGACGAGAGCGACCCGGACGUGGACCUGCCCAACAUCUACCACGGCUUCCAGACGGCAGAGCGCAUCCGCGCCGACCACCCGGACCUCGAGUGGUUCCAGCUCACCGGGCUCAUCCACGACAUCGGCAAGGUCAUGUUCUUCUACGGCGAGCCCCAGUGGGCCGUGCUGGGAGACACCUUCCCGGUCGGCUGCGAGUGGGGUCCGUCGAUCGUGUACCGCGACACCAGCUUCCACGACAACCCUGACGGCAAGAACCCGCUCUACAACACCAAGUACGGCAUGUACUCGCCCAACUGCGGGCUGGACAACUUGAUGAUGUCGUGGGGCCACGACGAGUACCUGUACCAGGUGCUGAAGCACAACAAGACCACCCUCCCUGACGAGGCGCUCAGCAUGAUCAGGUUCCACUCGUUCUACCCGUGGCACGCGAGCGGCGACUACACGCACCUCUGCAACGAGUCGGACAACGAGAAGCUCAAGUGGGUGCUGGAGUUCAACAAGUACGACCUGUACUCCAAGUCGGAGAAGGUACCAGACAUCGAAGAACUGACGCCCUACUACCAGUCACUCAUCGACAAGUACCUGCCCGGCAAGCUGAAGUGGUAGCGCUGCUCCCCAGCUGGCGUCGAAAUUCCAUCUCCGUCCCUGCCCAUUCACCUGACGACUGAGAUGGUGUUCUUUUGUUCGAUUACGUUUUCUAAUGAAAAUAUUAUCUAAUUUUGUAUUUAAUUAUUCUUUCAACAUAAAUAUUUUCAAAAGUGUGUAUGGAAUUUUUUUUUAUGUGUAAACAACUCAGCUCUCGGUAUACGGCAUUCCGUAACAGUCAUUUCCGAAAAUGGAACGGAAAUCGCAUGGAACGGAAAUGUGUAACCACGGUGCUGCCACCUGUGACAAAUGGCGCAAUCCAAAGUUCAUAGAGACGGCAGGGAAACGUUGUAUUAUUAAUUGUUUCAUGAAUUUUAACUAUAUGGGCAUUAUUUUAUAUAAAAUUCCUCGUCGAAAGUCAGGUCAAUAGAGGGGGUUUAAUAUAUAUAUUUUUAAGUGUUUUUCGCCUUUAUCGAAGUCGUUUCUUUAUAAAGUUUAACAAUUUAUUUUUGGAAAUUUAAAUUUUGGUAGUUGGCGUAGCUGCUCUGGCAACGAAACCUAGCGGCGGGUGCAGAAACUGCAUGUGAUUCACGUCCAGAAAUGUAUUUGUUGAAAACACACGUUCCGCAUUAUGUUAGAGAAUUCUGCGUUGAAUUUUAUGUUUGAUUCGUAACAUAAGAACACAUAAAUUUGCUCGUUACCGAGGUUAGAUAUUUACACAUCACUGCCGAAUACUGCUGAAAUAUUCGCUCGCAUUUUUUUAAAUUACUGUACAUUAUAAGUAUGGACCUGCGGAAUUUAGCAUUAUAUUUGACGACAGUUAAGACUGAAAAUGUUCGAACAGUUGAAUGACACCUAUGAUAGGAUCACUGGUUAUUCGACACGCACUGAAGAUUUAGUUACCAAAGAUUGAAGAUACUCUUAACGUAACAUGACCGACCUCCAAAGAAGGUGUACCCAAUGAUCAUGUGAAUUUCCAGUUAACCACGACUUCAGAAAAUGAUGUGAAUUUCGCAAGUCUGUCAUCAAUGACAGAAUAGUAUGGCGCCUAUAAAAACUAUGUUUUUAUAGUCGAAAUUGACAGUAGAAUGAUCUUGUAAAUGUUUUCAGCUGCUGUUCUGAUACGGAUGGCAAUGUUGAUGUAUUGUUUGGUGCAGAUAUUUUUGGUCUGCAGCAGAAAUUAUAAAAUGUUGACAAAUGAAAUCUGGUGUGUAAGUACGCUGAUCCGAAAAUAAAAUUAAAAUAUCUGUAACUUAACUACAGAAAAAUAAUUGUUUGUUAAAUAUAAAUUUUAUAUAGGCCUACUUAAUGUUAAACUUAUAUAUUUUAAAGGUAACAAGAUGAAAGUGUAUAGUAAGUCAAUAAAAGAAUAAUUUAG